CCUCCCGUGGUAUCCUACUGUUAAUUGAAUUGUCUCAUUAGACUGACCUCACACUUGGACUCUGAAAUAAGUACAGUGACUGGCUUUUCACAGACUGAUGGCUGAUCGAGUGCUUGUGAUUGGCAGUGGAGGCAGAGAGCACGCUCUGGCCUGGAAAUUGGCACAAUCUCCACAUGUAAAACAAGUGCUAGUCGCUCCAGGAAAUGCAGGAACAGCUGAUAAUGGAAAGAUUUCAAAUUCAGCUGUGUUAGUCAGCAAUCAUACUAUCCUUGCCCAGUUCUGCAAAGACCAUAACAUUGGACUUGUGGUAGUUGGACCAGAGGCACGCUUGGGAGCUGGAAUUGUGGAUGACUUGAUGUCAGCUGGCGUGAGAUGUUUUGGUCCCUCAGCCAAGGCAGCUCAGCUAGAGACCAGUACAAGCUUUGCCAAAGCCUUUCUGGAUUGUCAUGGGAUCCCAACAGCAAGAUGGAAAGCAUUUGCCAACCGUCAAGAAGCUUGUAGCUUUAUUACCAGCACAGACUUUCCUGCACUGGUUAUAAAGGCUAGUGGCCAAGCUGCUAGAAAAGAAAUAAUUAUUGCAGCCAGCAAAGAGGAAGCCUGCAGAGCUGUGCAAGAGAUUUUGCAGGAUAAAGUGUUUGGAGAGACUGGAGAGACGGUUGUCAUUGAAGAACUUCUUGAAGGGGAAGAGCUAUCUUGCUUGUGCUUCACUGAUGGUGUCACUGUUGCUCCCAUGCCACUAGUCCAGGCCCACAAACAGUUAAUGGAUGGAGACCAGGGUCCAAAUACUGCAGGGAUGGGAGCUUAUUGCCCAGUACCACAGAUUCCUGAAGCUCUUUUAGAGAAAAUUAAAGACUCUAUCCUGCAACACGUUGUUGAUGGUAUGAGACAAGAGGGAACAACAUAUGUAGGUGUGCUGCAAACGGGAUUAGUGCGUACUAAAGAUGAUGUGAAAAUUAUAAACUUUGACUGCCACUUUGGUGACCCGCAGUGCCAGGUAAUUCUUCCACUGCUUAAAAAUGACUUUUAUGAAGUGAUUCAAGCAACAAUUGAUGGCAAACUCUGCAGCUGCAUGCCAGCUUGGUCAGAAAACCGUACUGCUGUGUCUGUGGUUAUGGCAAGUGAAGGGUACCCAGGAGACUAUGUCAAAGGCAUGGAGGUAACAGGACUUCUACAAGCGCAAGAGCUAGAGGUGAAGGUGUUCCAUGCAGGCACAACCAUGAGGGAUGAUAAAGUGGUGACUGACGGUGGCAGAGUCCUUACAGUCACGGCUAUCAAGGAGGAUCUGAUGGCAGCACUGGAAGAAGCCAACAAAGGAGUAGCAGCCAUACGGUUCCAGGGUGCCAUUUACAGAAAGGACAUUGGUUAUCAGGCUAUAGCUUUCCUGCAGCGGUCUGUAGGCCUGAUACAUGGUGACGUACGUGUAGACACUAUAACCAGCAGUGCUUUGAUUAAUCAAUCUGAACCACCAGCUGCAACUGGUAGUAGAUCAGAGUUACCUAAAAGUUGUCCUGGGCAUUUUUUGUACGCAGGCAGCCAUGCAGAGCUGGGAGGCUCUACUGAUUUCUUUGACUUGAAAUCAUCUGGUUAUGAUGAUCCUAUCUUGGUAUCUCGAACUAAAGGCAUUGGAUCUAAAUUGCAGAUUGCACAGAUGUGUAAGAAACAUGACACCAUUGGCCAGGACUUGGUUGCCAUGUGUCUCAAUGACAUCCUGGCUCAGGGAGCAGAGCCCCUCUUCUUCCUUGACUAUUUUGCCUGUGGGAAACUUGAUGCUGAAGUGGCUCAAGCAGUCAUAGCGGGAAUAGCUGAAGCUUGUAAAAAGGCAGGAUGCGCUCUCUUGGGAAGAGAGACUGCUGAAAUGCCAGGCAUGUAUUCACCUGGAGAGUACGACCUCGCUGGCUUUGCAGUUGGUGCAGUGGAACGAGGCCAAAUGUUCCUGCAGCUGGAGAGAGUUGCUGAGGGGGAUGUCGUCAUUGGACUAGCUUCUUCUGGGAUUCACAGCCAUGGCUUUAACCUUGUAAGGAAGAUUCUCUUAAUGUCUUCCCUGCACUACUCGUCUCCAGUACCUGGUGGAUGUGGCGACCAGCCGUUAGGAGAACUAUUGCUAACUCCAACCAAAAUCUACAGCAAGGCUUUGUUGCCUGUCCUUCGUUCAGGGCAUGUGAAGGCCUUUGCCCCUAUCACUGGCGGAGGGUUACUGGAAAGCAUCCCCAGAAUCCUACCUGAAUCAUUUAGUGUAAUUUUGGAUGCUUAUAGUUGGCAGAUACCUGAAAUCUUCUCCUGGCUCCAAACAGAGGGGAACCUCUCAGAAGAGGAGAUGGCCCGAACGUUUAAUUGCGGGAUCGGUGCUGUCUUGAUGGCAGACAAGGAGCUGGCUCAGCAAGUUCUGAAGGAUGUACAGAGGCAUGAGGAAGCCUGGCUGAUUGGAAAUAUAGUCCCAAGCCACACAGGAUCUUCUCAUGUCAAAGUCAAGAACCUCCUUAAAGCCUUGCAGUUAAAUAGAUUCCAGUUUCUGCAGAAUGCUGCUGAUACGGACAGUCACCUGCAUGUCGAGCCCCAAAAAAGCAAAGUGAAAGUAGCUGUUCUCAUUUCUGGAACAGGUACAAACCUUGCGGCACUUAUCACAUAUGCAAAAGAACCAGCAAGCUGUGCACAGAUAGUUCUUGUCAUCUCUAACAAGUCUGGAGACGUGGAAGAAUUGAGAAAUGCAGCCCGGGCUGGGAUUCCCACCAGGGUAGUUGACCAUAAAUUGUAUGGAAGCCGCUCUGAAUUUGACUGCACAAUUGACAGAGUCCUUGAAGAAUUCUCUGUUGAACUGAUCUGUCUCGCAGGAUUUAUGAGAAUUUUGUCCAGUGCUUUUAUCAGAAAGUGGAAUGGUAAAAUUUUGAACAUUUGUCCAUCACUAUUACCUUCAGUCAGAGGGGGAAAUGCCCAUAAGCAGGUGCUACAACCAGGAGUCAAAGUCACUGGCUGUACAGUACAUUUUGUACUUGAGGAAGCGAAUACAGGAGCAAUUAUUCUCCAGGAGCCCAUCUCUGUGAACACAGAUGAUACCGAGGAGACCUUGUUGGAAAGGGUGAAAGAAGCAGAGUGCCGAGUCUUUCCCAUUGCCUUGCAGCUGGUGGCCAGUGGAGUGGUGCGACUAGGAGCAGAUGGUAAAACCUGCUGGAAACAAGGAACCCAAAGCUUGACUCAUCAUGAAAAGCAAGAUUGCAUUUCCUCCACUACUACUGUGAAGCCACAACAGUACAACAGGCUACAGUCAAAUGAAUGAAUGUCCUACUCAUUGCUCACUAGUUUUUCUCUGUCUGUUGUUUCUUCUGUCCUGAUUUCAGGCAGACCAGUUUCAUAUCUUUCAUACACAACCAGGGAUAUAUCUUCCCCAAUCUAAAGUUACAGUUUCUUUGCUAAAUCAGCGUUGGAACCUAAAUUACCACAUGUUGGGUUUGUGCAUGUUCAGCUGUUUGUUAAAGGAAUAUAUAUAUUCAUAAAGCAAAGAACCAAAGAAUUUAAGGUGUGAAAUAACAAUGGUUUAUAAGGGAAAUCUAGAUUAAUUCUGUGAAAUACCAAUUUUGUCAGCAUCUCCUUUUGAUUGUUAAUCUGAUUCCAGAAAACCAUGAGCUUCACAAAUCAACCCUAUAUGAAUUGAAGCAAGGACAGGGAGGCAAGCUACCACUAGGCAUUCUACCACCAAGGGCAGAUCCAGUUAGAUCAAAAUUAGGUCCCUACUUGACAGGAGAGGGAGAUGGAAAAAAAUUAGGCAACUUCUUAGAGGAAAAGUGCUAAUUUUGUAGAAAGAGGUUGGUGUCUCAGUGAGUAUUCACCCCUUUCCAUCGCCAUGGUUGGAGGCUCCUGGGUGUCUCUGUCUUCUCCCUGGUGGGUCUGUAGCUCUGUGUAAUGGGGAGUGAGCCUGGUUGUUAUGGCAGAGAAGGGGGAAAGAAGUGUUAAUUUGAUCCAUGGUGAACUCCAUCUGCCUGCGAAGUCAGAGACAAAAAUUAGCACAACUAGGUUUAGACAUUAGUCACAUUUCUAGAAUUAGGAUCAAAGCCUCCGCUACUAGCAGUUCCUGGGGCCCUGCUCUCACAUAGGUAAAAAUGCAGCCAAAAAGUUGGAAGUGCCCAAUUUUAUGGAAAACAUUGAAUUGUGUUUUCUGCAAAAUUAUCUAUGAACUAAGGUCCUCAUUAAAGGUGGAGCCAGCCGACAAGUAGCAGGCCCAAAAGUCAGCUGUAAAAAGGGUAACUGACUUUGAGGGAAAAUUUUACAAAAUGGAUUACAUUUUUAUCAAGCAACCUUUAUCUUAUUUAAGUUCUCAGGGAGAAGCUAUUUUCCCUAAUCUUUCCUUCUCAUGUUGUAGGAGCAUGUUUUGAAGGUAUGUCAAAGCACAAUCCAAUUUCUUGAGUGGGAAGGGCAUUUCAAAAUAUUUUAAAACAUUACACAGAAGAUUACCAGUAUAUAUUGAAGAAUCUUUUUGGAUCCUGUUAAGGAUAGUGAGAAGGACCAGAAAUACGCAUUUUCCAGGUUUCUGAUAGCAAGGAGAAAGAGGAUGAUUUCUCCUUCAAGUGACUGGGUGCACAUACAUUCCACUGUAAGAGCUUGUCUUUACUACCGGGGUAAGUCGAUCUAAGUUAUGCUACUCCAGCUACGUGAAUAAGGUAGCUGGAGUCAACGUAGUUUAGGUCAACAUACCCCGGUGUCUUCACUGUGCUGCGUCAAUGGGAGACGCUCUCCUGUUGUCUUACCUUAAUCUUCUUGGGGAGAUGGAGUACCGGGGUCGGCCGGAGAGCGCUCUGCAGUCGAUUUAGCGGGUCUUCACUAGACCCACUAAAUCGCCCCCUGCUGCAUCGAUUGCAGCAGUGUCGAUCUCCCUAUAGUGAACACCAGCCCUAAGUGUGUGCAUGCCCAAUGUACUUGAGACAGACUUUUGCCACCCAUUCCAGCAGGCAGUGCACAUAUCCCCCACUAUCCUCCUGCCCUGAGCGGAGGGUAUAAAGGACAUGAUAGCCACCUCCCUCUCCAUUUCUUCUUACCACUCAUGGCGGGAGUCAGAGUUCCCUGUUACCCCUGAUCUUCAGUUAGCCAGCCUUUUAGAGGAAUUCUUGUAUUAUAUAUAUUUAGUGUUAGUAAAUACCAGAUCAAUUAACUGGGCAAAGAUCCCCAGAUUUCAAACAACGUGCCAUGCGCAUGCCCAUGAUCCUGGCUAGUGCCAGACAAAAGUUGUCCUAUCUGCUUAGGCAACAAAUGUGACGCACAAAUGGCUUCUUUGUACCUCCUUCCCAACCAGAACAAAGAAACAAAGGGAUUUCUGCCUUAAAGUAAAUCUUCUGCUAAAGGUGAUGCAUCUCUCAUCAGAGCCCAGCUCUGACCCUGAGAGGACAGAGCGUUCGUCCGUGAGGAGUGCCCCACUGGCAGCCUCUGCUUCCAAGCCAAAAUCUGGUGAGAAACAUUACUCGUCAUUUUCUGUGGCCUCCUCAGACUGUUCAAAAUCCUCCUCUCAUCCUCCGAGACGGACCAACCUUCACAAUCUCAUUCUUCUUCUCACAGAAAGUCUCUGAAAUUUGAAGUCUGGUCAUAAGCACCAACACUCCCCAGCAUCAUUGAUGGCCCUGCUGGUGCCAGAGUCAAAGACCAAUGCCUUCUGCCUACCAGAGAGAUCUUUAAGCCCACUGCUGUUGGGUCUGGCACCCCCAGUGUUAGCAGCUUAGCACUCACCUCUGAUAUUGAUGCUGUCGAUGUUGCAGGCAUUCUUCAACUAUCUUUUUGUCUCUCUCUCUCUCCUGGACUUUCCUUGUUACAUGAGCUGGUGCCGACCUUAGUGCCUUCAGCUUCAUCUGCACUGCCAGCACCAGCAACUUCACUUACCACCAUGGUUGUGGCAGUUCCAUCCACUUUGUCUAUGGGUGCUGCACUGUCAACACUGACUCACCUGUCCUGCAUUCUGACCGCCUUGUCCACCAGCACCGUUGGAUACAUCUUUGAGUGUGCUACCUUUGGGACAACACAGUAUGUUGCUGGUGCUGAGACCUUCCACCGAUGCCUAUGGGGAUCACUCCACCAUUUACUGAAGAGUUUUUUUGUGUUUCCUCCUCUUCAGACUCAACCAUGAGAGACCCAUUCCUCCGGGAAUGUCUUUCAGGACUCCAUACAGACAACGUUGUAGAGAUACCCAAAUUAGAGCAAGAACAUUAUUAUAAAGAUGUCCCAGGAUGGUGCCAUCCACUGUGGGCAGGUCAAAGACUGGAUGGUCCUCCUUGUCUGGCUUCAAGACUAUCUAGGUCUCUAUUGGCCACUCAAUCAAAAGAGAGUCACCUCCUCAUGUACCUUAAUAGUGCCUAGAGACAAUCCUCUUCCAAACCCACAACCAACGGGUCUAUUGGAGCCUACAGAGCCAGAGGAGACUGAGGAUAUUCCUGCCCUCCACCACCCCAGUAUGUCUUCCUUUUCUCCGGAGUCGACAUCACCUCCUCUUGGAGGACUUUCAAGUUUUUCAGGACCUCAUUAGGAGACUGGCCACAUCUCUGGGGCUACAGGCAACACUCAUACAAGACAAUCUGCACAAACUGUUGGAUGUCUCUCAAAUUCCCACUCCACAAAGCAUUGCCCUUUCCACUAAUGAAGCCUUGUUGGAUCACCCAGAGACCCUCUGGCAGACAUCAGCCUCUGUACCUCUCACUGUCAAAUGGGUGGAUGGAUGAUACUAAGUCCCCUAGCCAAAAUUCAAGUAUUUCUUUACACAGUGGCAAACAAGCAUCUGACACAGCCUCACCCUAAGGCUAUCCCCCCAAAAAAUAAGGAAUACGAGACUGGACCUCUAUGAACCUUCAAAUGAGGGUGUCAAAUUAGGCCUUGUUGUCCAAAUACACCUUAUUAACGGGACAGCAAUUUCAAAAUUUGUGAACAAAGUGGCUCAGGAAUACAGGGAACAGUUUUUGGCCAUCAUAUCAGAAGGUUAUCUCACUGCUUGCAUGUCCCUCCAAGGAGCGAUGCAUCACGUUCAGUGGCUAUGUAACCCUUCUGCCAGGUUGAGCCAGCAGCAACCAGGGCUGGGUUCAAUAUCUAGGGAUUCCUUUCCAUUGAUACAACAGAGAACCGGCUUGAUCCCCCAUCCAGUAACCUGGGAAAAUUACACACCACCCCUGGGUGCCUCUGAGAGGCAAUACUUUCCCACUCGCAAGCAUAGAGUCUGAGUGUAGAAAAUAAACUUUUAAUAAAAGGAGGGAAGUAACUGGGUGUUAAUUUGGGGAAAUACCACAAACAGAGUUCAUAAACAUAAACCAUGAGUAAAAGACACCCCCCCAAGAAGGUUCGGCAGUGUCCUUUUCCUCUCAGUUUAAGUCCAACAACCCAUGUGCUCAACCCUUCUCUGCACCCCACUCAUAGUUGCUGUCCUUCAUCAGUGCAGACCCAGAGUUCAGAGGUGCAUCUGCAGAGUUCACUUCCCCCCUGGGUGGGGUAAAGAGGUACCUUACUCGCUCCACUGCUCGGGGACUCGCUUGCUGCCCCUUUCUGCCGGCCACCCUGCUCACUGCUCUCACCAUGCCUCUCCAUCAGCGGCCCUGCUGGCCGCCUGCUCUCGCCACGCCAUCAGCUGCCCAGCUGGCUGCUUGUCGCAGCUCUCCACUGCUGCCCGCCUGCUCACCGCGCCUCUCCACCAGCCGCCCUGCUGGUCAUUCAUCACAUCUCUCCGCCGCACCAGCCACUUGUUCACCAGCUGACUGUCAGUCACCUUCUGCUGCCACCUGCCUCUCUGCUGUGACAUCUGUACAUCAGUUUCAGUAAUUUUCAGCUCUUUGCAGGCCAGGCAGAAACAUUGCCCCAUCUCAAGUGAU